AUUCGUGGCUUGUUUUCAACCGGUGUGCUUUAGCGGUUGCGCAAAUAUUAGCAGUAGCCGACACUAGACCGCUAGUAUUUUCUUACUAUUGUAUAUUGUGUUUAUACUCAAGUUACCAUAUUUGUACUCAAUAUUUCGAAGACUAUAUUUGGGUAAUACAUCCGUCUUAAACAGAACCGGUUUUCCUCAUGAUCUGACUCAGAGUUUGAACAACUAGCAUAACAUGGAUGACAGCAAACAGGCCUCCUCUCCCGAGGGAUCUGCAGACCCCUCUCUCGUGUCAGAAGAGGGUAAAAAUGUGAAAGCAGUGUUGUGCCAGAGAUGUGGCUCCAAAGUGCUCUGCCCAGGCAUGGCACUGUUUGCAGAAAAAGAGCUGUUUCUGCCUUCAAUGAGAAAGAAAACCUCCAUUGGUCAGUCGGAUGGGACGCUGGAUGGGGACACGUUAACAGCUCACUGGCUGGUUGAUGACAUGUACACAUUUGAGAAUGUGGGCUUCACAAAAGAUGUAGGCAAAGUGAAGUACCUUAUCUGUGCGGAUUGUGAGAUCGGACCCAUUGGUUGGCAUUGCCUGGAUGACAAGAAGAGCUUCUAUGUGGCAUUGGACAGGGUGAACCACGAAUAGAGCACUUACUGAAGUCACUGUUUGGAAAAUUCUGUGGUAUUCGACUACGUAACUCAUAUGGGGUUCAUAUUUGAACUACUAUAGGUCCUGUUUUUGUUCUUUUGGCAGAGUUCAGAUAAAUGUAGUUGGUUUUUGUAUAGCGUUUUUUUUUUUCUUCAUUGUGACAUUUUCAUUCUCACCGAACUGUAUGCUUGCACCUGUCUAUGAUAGUCUGCCAUAAAGAAAUGGAGAUGAUCCUUUUAAACAUUCCUUAACACAAGGCCUUUCCAUCCUUCUUAUCUCUCCAUGAGUAACACAUGAAGUCACUUUUGUGAAUGAAAAGAUUUAGGGCAGUCCUUGUCAAAUAACAAUAAUUCAUCGUUGACUUGCAAUAUUAAACUGAAAAAAAGUUAAUAAAAUAAAACGAAACUGU